CGACUUUAAGAUCCCCAACAGAAAACUAACAACAAUUAAGAAGUCGGGAUAAAAACAGUAUAAUAUGGAUUUUAUUGAUGAUUUUAUUCAAGAAUACCGGAAUAAUCCGUGUCUUUGGAAAGCUGAUUCCGUAAAUUAUAAGAAUCGAUCAAAACGCCAAGAAGCAUAUCUUAAAUUAAUUGAUGUAGCUGCCCGCCAUGGAGAGCACUACAAUGUGGAAAGAACCAAACAGAAGAUUAAUAAUCUGAGAUGUGCUUUUCGACAUCAGCUAAAGAAAUACAAUGAACUUAAAAGCAAAGGCGAAAAGGAGGAACCCUACUGUCCAAAAAGGAAGUACUUUGAGUCGCUUAUGUUUUUAAAAGAUGAAGAGACUGUGGACAAACGGAAUAAGCAAGAGAGCACAAACGACAGUGUCUCCACCAAUACCAAUAAUAGUAGUGGCAGCAAUGGGAAAAACAACGAAGCGGCGCGACUAUUGGCGGAGGCAGAAUCUGGAUCAGUCGAAAUUGUCGAGGUGGACAAAAUAUCUAACAGUGGUAAUGUCGACGAUUCAUUGCAGGUGCAAAAUAAUUUAUUCUCAGACAUUUGUAAAGAAAUCCACAAAGAAAACAAUGCCAAUGAACCUGACGAAGACACCACGAACACAGAUGAGGCCGCCGUGACAAUCUCGGUCAUAUCUGAUAAAGGGGAUAUUGAGGAAAUUACUGCUAUUACACCUGUAAAAAAGGAUCAAGUUAUUGUAAUCGAAAAUGCAGCCACCGUUACUCCAAGCACAGGCGCUACUAAUAACCAUGUUUCGAACUUAACGUCGCCCCAAAAACAGAUGCACCAACAACAAAGCAGCAGCAAAUCCCGGAAACGCUCAUCAUCUUUCUCUUCGCAGCAUUCAAACGAAACAACUGAUACCACACCAACCCCAAUCAAAACAUCUAAAAGUGAUGUUACUUUUGACAUAGAAAAUCUACUCUCUUUGGCAUGUAAGAGCUUUCAAAAGAAUACUGUCGAUCACCAUACCAGUUUCGGUGAGAUUGUUGCCUAUAAACUCCGCACAAUGGAUGCGACACAAGCUCUAUACGCCGAAAAGAUCAUCUCUGACAUCUUGUAUCAAGGUCAUAUGAAAUACUUGUCCCCCGCGGCCAUACAACGCUGUUCAAACCUGGAACGAUUACAGACACAGGAGCACAAGUAAUGUUCAUUUAUCUGUAGGAAAAAAAGUAUCGACAAAAUCUAAAUGACUCUCAUAACAAUUUCUAUAAUAAUUGUAAUCAAUAAGAUAUAUUAAGCUACGACUUCUAAGUAUAACAAAUUAAAACAAUUUGUUUUUUAGACGAAAAUCUUUUUAAAAAGAAAUGUUCAAAUUUCACAAUAUAUAAAGUAUAUACAUUAUAUAA